CUCGCGUGCUCAACGGCUUCUCAGACCUUAUGCUCAUUGAAAUAUCUCACAGGCCUGUUCUGGACUACCAGAUAAACAAUCUGGACCGGGCCAGGCCAGACUAUCAGAAUUACCACCUAGUCAUUGACACAUACCCCGCUUCUCUCGCUUGCGAAGUGCGAGUCGCAGGGGUGCUCGCUACAGUUAGCUAGCGGUGCGAGGACUAGUACUGUACUAACAGUGUGAGGAGAGGCUUAGACUGGAGCUAAAAGCUUUGGAUCCGAACAAUAUGAUGGAACUAGAGACGGGAAGAACCGAACUUGGAGCAAUGGGAGAUUCGUUGCAGCCUCAAACUCCCAGCCGACACGAAAAGAGCCUUGGGCUGCUCACGACCAAGUUUGUCACGUUACUGCAAGAGGCCAAGGAUGGAGUUCUGGACCUGAAAGCAGCUGCAGACACUCUAGCCGUCCGACAGAAACGGCGCAUAUAUGACAUCACCAACGUCUUGGAGGGCAUCGGUCUGAUCGAGAAGAAGUCCAAGAACAGCAUUCAGUGGAAGGGUGUGGGCCCAGGCUGCAACACCAGGGAGAUAGCAGACAAGCUGAUAGACCUGAAGGCAGAGUUGGACGACCUUGACAGGAGGGAACAGGAGCUGGACCAGCAGAGGGUCUGGGUCCAGCAGAGCAUCAAAAACGUCACGGACGACUCACAGAACAGCCCUCUGGCUUAUGUAAGACACGAAGACCUGUGCGGAGCGUUCAAGGGUGAUACCCUGCUAGCCAUCCGUGCCCCCACCGGCACACAGCUGGAGGUGCCUGUCCCAGAGUCUACCAUCAACGGCCAGAAGAAGUACCAGAUCCGCCUGAAGAGCUCGGCAGGACCCAUUGAGGUUCUUCUGGUCAACAAGGACCCGUCCAGCCCGUCUCCUGUGGUGCUGCCCGUCCCGCCUCCCGAGGAUAUGAUCCAGACCCUGCCCCCCACCACCACCACCCCAGGCCCCAAACCUUCCUCUCAGCCUCACCAGCUCCUAGCCCCCUCCUCAGCCUCCUCCAGUCCCAGUCUGGCUGUACCUGCCACCAACAGCAGUUCUACCCAGACAGCUGCCACCACAGAAAUAACAAGCAGCAAUGGGAGCUCAUUGGCUGCAGCCUCAGACACAUCUAUCCGACCCACGCCGCUAUUGGACGCCCAGGCGCUCCAGUCAUCUGCCUCAUUGGACGGCAGCUUGCCUUCCUCUGCAGUCUUUGAGCCAAUCAAGUCAGCGCCCUCUGAAUUGCUGGAUUUCCCCAAAGACCUGUCUGAAAUGUUCGACCCAACUAAAGAGAUCAUGAGUGCAGACUUGUUGGAGGAGUUAAUGUCCUCAGAAGUGUUCUCUCCUCUCCUCCGCCUGUCCCCUCCUCCUGGUGAUCAUGACUACAUCUACAACCUGGACGAGACCGAGGGCCUGUGUGACCUUUUUGAUGUGCCCAUCCUUAACCUCUGACCUCUGACAUCACCAUCCUUCUGCUUGUGUGCAGAAGUCGUUACCGGAAGAAGAGAGGAACAAAUCUUUUUUUUUUUUACAUUUUCUAUGGAAAAACACAAACUACACAACCUUAAAAGCAAAUGAGCGAUUCUAUUUUUGGAUCCCUGUGUAUUAUAAGAAAAUGUUGUUUCUCCUGUGUAUACGAUGGAGUUUUUGUAACGUUGGUUUCCCUUAUGUCCUUAACCUUGAGCCCAGUCUCCAUGGAUACAGGUACUGAGGUUUAACACAGAGUGUGUCCGUUCUAAACUCACUAAAUCUCUCAGGUCAAAUGCCUCCUCUUUGUGAAACGGCUAUGUGUGUGAGAAAUAGAAUUUCUUCCACGUGCGUUUGGUGAAGCCAUGGUACAAACGUACAGAAACAAUUGGCAGUCUCCCGCCAUACACGCAUGCACACAUCAGACACGCGGACACAAACAGCAGACACUCACACACAGGCUGUCAUUGACCUAUACACCCUGGCUUCUGUACACACACACACACACACAUUUGGCACAGCCGUGCGAGCUCAAACGUACACUGACAGAGCACAGCUGAUUAAAUAUGCACUGUCGUCCUGUAUAUAGAGAAUAUAUAUUUUGUACCACAGAUAUUACAGUACGUUAGACUGAGAGACGGACAACAAUAGCGAACUAGCCAGGUGAACAAAUCAUUUAAAGGAAUCAGACAGUCCUGAAUCCAACCGAUCAUUCUCUUGUUGACGAGCUUUGGUCCUCAUUGUCUGGUUUGUUCUCCAUGUUUUGUUUGUGCCCAUUUUAUUCACCUUACAAAAAACAACAAAACAUGCGAUCAUUGUGCGUACAUAAACAUUAUUUUAUUUGGCUUAUGCGUGUCCGUGUAUGUGAAAUCAAAUGUAUGUUUUCAUUUGUAUGUUUUACAGAUAAUGUAUAGUUGCCAAGAAGAACAGCCGCACUUUUCAGUGCUGGUUUAUUGUCUGUUAAUAUGUUGCUCAACCCUGUAGACAUGCCUGAAGUACCCCCGUUCAUAUUAUUCUCUCUGUGUAAGAGAAGUAUGUUAUAUUACACAUUUAAAGUUUUUCGUCUUUUUAUUCCAAACGUGUUCCAUGUGUCAAAGCCUCUGUAUAGAAAUAGCCUCUGUAUAGUGUCACAGCCUCUAUAUAUAUAUUUUUAAUAUCUGUUAGAUGAUGAUACUCAUCUGAGGAUUUAGGUAUGUGGAAUAUAUGUACGAAAUUAUCCUCUGAAAUCUCUUCUCAUCAUUGCACUUUUACACCAGUCCAACCAGUAAGGAUGGUUGGUGUCCUCAUGCCUAUUUGACAGCGUGAAAAGCCGUAACCCCCAUACACUUGCUGGCAGAUGUCAUAGAAGGAAUUAAGGUCAAUAUGAGAAUGGUGACUUAAACUUGCUCUCUUUUUGACUGGAACUGUCCAUCUAGCCUUAUGCUGUCAUUCUUUUGUCACCUUUUGCAUAGGGAUAAGUGAUGUGCAUGGAAACAGCUAGACCUCACAAACUCACAUUUAGUUUUACUUUUCUUUUUUGUAUAAGGGUGUCUGCUAAAUGACUCAAUGUAAUGAAGUUAUAUUCAUUAUAAAUAUAAAGGAAGUUAAAUGAGUUGUGAGCAUGGUGGUUAGUCUGGCAAGGCUUUAAGAGCAUAGACCAUGGGUGGUAUGGGCUGAAAUGAAACACUAGAGGUACCCUUCACCUGGUUAGAAAAGUAUUGCUGUCAAUUCACUGAAGCCUUUCCAAACCCAGGGAUCUCAAUCAGAAACAGCAGGGUGUAUGUGUUGACGGGCGUUUGUAUGUUUGUGAAGGACACUGUCUGCAGUAUCAAAGCAUUUAAACUGGUUCAUGAUGAUGGCUAUAUUGCAGUUACGUCACCUCGAUGAAAUGAAUAAAUAAACCAUGUGA